GCCAAGCCGUCGCGACGUACAGCGUCGUGUAAAGUGGGCGUCAUGUAACAGCGUCAUGUGGACCGGCUUCGUCGCUCUCAUUACUGCCGCCACCACAAUCGCAGGCGUGCAAAUAAAGGAUCUGCGGGUGCCACCUUCCGUGCGAAACGGCAGCCGGCCAGCGCUUCUGGACUGCGAGUACACGCUGAAGCCGGAGGAACUGGCCGCAGACAAGUACUCGGGCCUUGUGGUGAAGUGGUACUUCAAAAACAGUCCGAGUCCGGUGUACCAGUGGAUCCCGGGACAGAAGCCGCAGGACCUGGGCAUUCUCAAGGGCAAGCUGGACCUGAGUCACCGUGCCUCAGACCACGGAGCCACAAUGCACCGCGCUCUCUACAUCACAAACCCCACGACCGAACUUUCGGGAGAAUACAAGUGCUUCGUGUCCACCUUCGACGACGAGGAUUUCAUGACCAAGAAGAUGGUCGUCUUCGUUCCGGAGAGAAGUUUGGAUAUGAUGCAGACCAAACCAAACCUCGACUCUGUGCAAAUCACAUGCACGGCACGGGGUGUGUACCCGGAGCCGAAGAUGGCGCUCCUUCGGGGCAGCAAAAAGAAGACAAAUAUGGACGGCGUGCUGGUGGAGACGGUACCUCGACGGGGCUCAUAUGAUAUCGUGGCCAGCAAAGUGGUGCAGGACAGCGAUCUACAGACACCCACAGUGUUCGCCUGCGAACUGCAUAUACCAGAGGCCCAGUACAGCGUCAGUAAACGAUUAGUAUACUACCCAGGACCUCCACCACCAACAAAUUAUAAUGAAACCACAUAUCCUCAUAACUGGAUGCUGAUCGUGCUAUCAAUAUUUAUAGGCACGUGGCGGGGUACUGCGUAGGGAAGGCGCCGUGCUGUUUAACACAGAUGAGAGGGCGAUGUAAAAUGAACCGCAAGAGCGGGAGUGUUCAGCACAGAUGGAAGUCUCUUGGUGGAUCAGACUGGCAGUGACAAUUGUGUAGCGGAAUUAUUCAACCGUCAAACUUCUGAUAGCAUAUAAAUACAUUGUGCUGGCACCAAUAGGUGUAAACUAAAACAGGGUAAAUAAAACAGUUGCCAAAGACAAAAUAAAUAUAUAAUGUUACAGUUUAUUAAUGUUUAUGAGAUGUGUUAGUCCCGUGUCACUUGAAUGCAUUUUUACGACUGCUAUUUUCAUUAGUAAAUACAAGAGUUCUCAAUUAUUUUCUCUCGCGCUUUGUCACUAAUAAAUCAUUGAAUUGUUAGCAAGUCUAGACCUUGUUUCCUAACAGUGCUGGUAAGAAUAUUUGUGCAAAUUAUCAACUGGUUACGUGAUGUACAGCCUUGUCAUUUCGAGAUGACCGGUAUUGGUGGACGAGAACGUCUGGGAUAUGAUACGCAUGCCAGGUACGCACUGUUGUCAUAUUAUAAAUGUAAAUUGCGCUUACGUCCAUCACGAAAUUAAUAGAACUUACAAUUGAUUAGCCAUUUUAAACUGUAAGAUGAAAUACUUUAUUUCAAAUUCAGUUCUUAUGUAGUCCAACUAGACCCAUAUAAGCAGUAAAAUUUAAGAAGUGAUAUUUCCUGAAAGAUACCAAAGUGUACUUGUUAUAACAUACUGACAUAUAAACUGAAUAUUCUGGAAGUUAUGUUUUCCUAAAUAAUAAAAACUUGAAUGUGA